AAACACAGGGUUCCUUGAGAAUAAAAAGUAAAACACGCACGCUCAGUUCCGGUCAAGUUUAUGAUAGCAAGUGCUGUCCACAUUGACGAUAAUUGCGAGUGCAAUGGAGGUAGAUCCUAGUUUUCAUACCUCAGGCAUCGCGGAGAGAUGCUGUAGGCGUGAAAGGACCGUCGUCCGUGCUCUCAUGCUUGUUCUGCUAUUUAGUGUGCUUUCCACCACCGCAUCCACCGAUGCGGCUGCCACCAUCGAGGAUAAGGCUACCACAAUAUCUUCAAAUGGACCUGGAGGCAAAGGCGGCCCUGUCCAAGGCCCCAAAGCCGCUGGCGGGGAGAAGAACAAGCCCGGGAAGGAGAGCCACCACAACCUCGACCAUCUCGCCAAAGCCAAACGCCUUGCCAUUAUCUUCGGGCGUUCCAAAAAGGGGGACGCCGACUUAGACAAUCUUACGCGAUCGUUCACUUGGGAGCAAUUCGGGCCGACUUACUGUGAAGUCGGGCGAGUUUUUACUGAAGGGGUGGCAGGGGAGGACGGGUCCGUGACGGUGGCUCGAAAUUUGACGCGAGGACUAGACUACCUGGCACGCGCCGCCCAUAAGUAUGGCUAUCCUCACGCACAACACCGUUUGGCCGUCGCCCACGUGACGGGCCUAUACGGCGAGCCCCCGUCACUGCCCGUCGCCCUCCCCGAUGCCACGGAGGCAGAGGAGAUUGGCUCAGGCGGCGAGGCGGCAGCCUUGCUUCUUAACCACUUCGCUGCGAUGGCGGGAGACGUUGCAGGAUCCAUGGCUAUGGGGUUCCGGUACUUGUAUGGACAUGGCGUGGCUAUAGAUUGUGAGAAGGCCGCCUUGUACUACGAGGUGGCCGCGAAUGUCGCCGUGGAGGAGUUGGGGAGGCUGAAGGUGUUGCCGCCCAAUGAGCGGGUGCGCCUCUUCGACGGGAACCUGGCGGGGGUAACAUCUCAACGAAAGGCGGCCAUGGAGGCAGAUCAGCAGCUGGUCGACUAUUACAAGCACACUGCCGAGAAAGGCGACGUGAGCGCGCAGGUCGCUCUGGGCAAGCUCUACUUCCAUGGCUCCCAAGGAGUGCCUCAAAACCUGGCCAAGGCCGCCGUAUUUCUUGAGGAGGCCGCCCGGGCAGGGGAUCCCCUGGCUGCGGGCAGCAUAGGGCACAUGUACCUGUUGGGGGUGGGCGUCCGGCAGAACAACGAGACCGCUCGUCGGUUUUUUGUGCGCGGACAAGAGUCAGGGGACGCAGCCAGUCUGAACGGGCUGGGGCAUAUGUACAUGUACGGAAUGGGCGUGGAAAAAAAUGUGGAGAAGGCGAUCAAACUCCUGCAAAGGGCAGCACAUGAGAAGGGAUACUCGGAGGCCUUCUACAAUCUGGGCUUGAUCUACGCAGGCCUUGUAGGGGAGAAAGAGGAGGAAAAAGAGAAGCAAGGCGAGGGGGACAGAAGCCGGAAAUCGACAAGUGGAGGAGAGUCGGAUGCACGCGCAGACCGAGAGGAGGAACCAGACUCCAUUUCACUGUCCGCGAAGCAUUUACAGGAACUGAGAGAGGACCCUUUGCUCGCGGGAUUGCCCCAAGAAAUGUUCGACAAGCUCGCAGACAUCACCCUACAGGCUGCCGACUUUGAGAAGGUCGCAAGAGAGACAUUGGAGAAAAAGGGAGACAAGGGAAUUGAAAGCAAGUCGGGUCGCUUGACAGCAUCCGUUACGUCAGCAAAGGAACUUGGGGAGCGUAAGGGGACCAGGAGCCUCGCGAAGGCUCUGAAAUACUUCUCCCUGGCCGCACAGACCGGGCACAUGGGCGCCUUGCACAAGCUGGGCCAGAUGUCCGCCCAAGGCAUCGCCACGCCCCGCGCCUGCUCCACGGCCGUUCACGCCUUCAAAAGCGUCGCCGAGCGCGGACCUUGGGUCACUGCCAUGAGCAAGGCCCUUGCCCGGCACAAGCGCGGGGACCUCCUUGGCGCCCUAAUCUUGUACAUGCACCUGGCUGAGAUCGGCUACGAAGUCGCGCAGUCCAACGCCGCGCUUCUCUUGGAGGAGGGGACCUGCGGGAUGCUCUCUCCGACAGCCUGCCAGGCGCUUGCAGUCCGAUAUUAUCGCCACGCCUCGCGGCAAGGCAACGCGGAAGCGAGCCUGAAAGUGGGAGAUGCUCAUUAUUACGGUACCGCUGGUCUCCCCGUCGACUUUUCGCGCGCGGCACGUUACUACCAAACGGCGGCCGAGCUCCGUCAGCCUCAGGCCAUGUUCAACCUGGGGCUCAUGCACCAGUACGGUGUAGGGCUGAAGCAAGACUUCCACCUGGCCAAGCGAUUUCUUGACGCCUCUGCGGAAGCCUACCCGGACGCCAAGUGGCCCGUGAACCUGGCGCUGGCGGGGCUCUACCUCCACUGGUGGCUCAUGGGGGAGGAUCAAUCGCUGAGGGAGUCGCCGAUCGUGACGACGGCCCCCGGGGUGAGUGUCCUCGUGGAACACUCGGUCUUAGCAAAGCUGGCGAGGGCCUGGGAGAGGAAAAAGGAGCAAUGGCGACAGGUGUGGGCCGAUAUGCCAGCCAGUUGGGGGGGCGGCGCAGGGCGUGCUGGAGCAUCCAUAGGAGUCGGCAAGGAAGAGGAGACAUGGAGCUGGCCUCAUAUUUUAGAAAUGCUGUCCGCAUUGGACACUCUGCUAAUUGUGGCCCUGUCCUCCGCAUUCUUGUACGUAAUGCGCCUUCGGGCAGAGCAACGCGAGGAAAUGGCCAGACGUCGAAGAGGGCGGCAGGGGAGUGAGGGUGGUGUGCCUAGGGUAGCAGACGUGGGAGAGAAUACGGUACCUUUGACAGAUUAUCAGGAAGAAUCAAGGGCUGUAAGAUCAGCGGACGAAAAUUUAGAUAUAGAUAGAGAACAACAAGACUGAAGAAUGCCUGAAGUGAAACAGGAAGAAGGAAAUUAAUAGCCAAGAAAGGGUCCUUUCG